AUGUACUGCCCCGACGAGUACGACCCCGUGUGCGGCACAGACGGCUACAAGUACCCCAACGUGUGUGAGCUCAUACUCGAGGCGUGCAGGGACAAAACGAAGAAGCUUGAAGUCGCCUACAACGCCACUUGCGAUAAGUCGGCAACCGGGAAGACCAGCUAA